AUUUUGUAUAGUUUUCUAAAAGUAGUGAUUAUGGUUUGAAGUUUAAAGUUAGAGUUGUGAUUAGCUUUUAACGAAUAAGUCGUUUGGAAGACUUUUCGUAGACUAUUCAACGAAGGCUGAAACUCGUGUUUGUGUAGUUGUGCCGAACUGGAUCCAUGUACCUAUACUGUCGUGCGGUGUCUGGCGUUUGGCGGUUUUUAUCCUGCUUUUUCAUUCAUUCAAAGUUGUACCUGCAGGAAGGAUCACCGCACUGAAUUCCAGAAACACGAACAAAGCAUCUUCUAAGGUAGAAAUUUGAGACUAUUUGUACCUGAUCGAGAAUACUUAUUAGUGUUCUUGACGAGCAGUGUCCAGUUAGUUCCCAUGCAGUUUGAUACGUGAGCCUUUGAUUGGUUCGAGAGAUUCUAUUGGAUUCCGAAGGAUCGUGUAAGUGGGCAGAAGUGUGGAGAAGGGGCGAGGAAUCCCAUUGCCUGAGAAUCAGUCAGAGAAACAGCUGGUACAUUCCAGUAUGGCAACGGUACAGACGGCCAAGGUGGCAUUGCAGUACGGUCAACGUUUCCUGCCAGCCGAUGGUUCUGCGGGAGUAAUUACAGUGGCCCCAGUUCAAGCCGAUGAUCAAUUUACUAAAGUCACCCACCAACACCAGCAGCAACAGUAUACGCCAAUGUCUGUUUCGAAAGAUCCUAUAAUUUUAAACCAUGUGCUAACUAACACCGGAUCAACUGCGGUGAGUCCUACUUUGUCCACUGUGGUGACACACAUGCAACAGCCACAGCAGCCAGUUCAUGAACAGGUACAUCAAAUGCAACCACCGCCGAUCAAGAUGUGGCUUCUGGUGGAAUGGGAGGCACCGGCUGGGGAGCCGAACACCUACUCUGUGAUCGACUCUUCUGAUCUGAUACUCCAUAGUCAAUCUGGAAACUCCCGAGAGACGAUCCACACCGGAAAGACGAUAUUUGUGAGACGAGGCAAGAGGGUGCAACAGGCGACGGUGGUUAUCAUAUCCGACGAUAAACAAUUCAUCGAUACCGAGGCUAGGCAAUUGCGCAAGAUGGCAUCCGACAAUCAUUAUCGAAAAAUAAUCACUUCCCAGGAGCAGCAAUACAAUGCAACUACAAAUCAAGAGCAACAGCCGAAACGUCGUCGUGUUGAAUCUGCCGUGACGGAUUCGGAAGAACUGGAACCAGCCAGUCCCGAGUUUGAACCCAUGCCGAUACAGUCGCAGAUAGCUACCGCCAAUUGGGUGAACAACUGCAAAACGGAGCGGAUAAUCUCCCCGUCGCCCUCCGUGGUUUCUGUGCAGGUUACCAACCCCGGAUCGUUUGCUAAACCCCCGCCGAUGACGUUCGACCAACAAACGCAAACCGACACCAGGUUCUUCCCUCAGGAUGGCAACCGUUCGAGCCCACCGGAAUUUACUAAGAUCCUGUCCCUGCUGGAAACAAUCCUUGCGGAACAGAAAACUAUCCGGAUGGAGACCGAAUACAAUAGGAAACUGACGUACGACAUGAUGGAACAGCAGAGUAAAUUUUCGGAAACCCUGAAACAGAUGGUGGCCAAAGUGGAUUCCGUUCACAAGUACGAAAUUACCGAAGUCGUAAAAAACCCGGAAGAAAAUGUUUCCAGCUACGUCGUACUCGGUACGGGUGGUGACGAAAGUCGAGAUAGGGUAUCGAGUGUGGCCGAAUCCGUAGCUCAGAAACCAACCAUUUCCAACGAUAGUACCCACCUGAUAAUGGACCACAUAAGUGUUCAAGACGAGAGUAACAUGUCGUUCAGUCAGAGUAAAUUCACAAUCCACGAGGAAAGUUCAGUCAAUUCAGUAACAUCCACACCAAAGAAUCUCAAUUUUACCAACAAACUGUCCUCCUCGGCCCUGAGUCUCAGCAAUGUCAGCAUUCAGUCCCACGUGAGUACCCCAUCCAUCAUCAAUAAAGGGGCAGCCAUAAACGAAAUGCUGAAAGAGUGGAUCGAUGAAGAAGAUGGCGACGAUACGGAAGUGACCUCAAUCGGACCCAACAAUACCCUGGUGAAGAAGCAAGUUCUACGUGCAAUCAAUUGGACCAACUACAAAGCCGCUACCCGGAAACUGCUCAUGACCCUGUUCUCGCGAGAAGUACUAGCAUCGCACACCCUUACCGGUCGGCCGUCACCUGCUUUCAUGGGAGAUCGUGCCAAACCGGUCAAAGACAAGUUGGACCAGAAGAUCAUUGCCGACAUCAUUGCCAUCGUGUCGAAAACCUGCAACGUGUCGGAACCGAUGGUCCGGACGGCCAUUACAACCAAAUGUGCCGACGAGAACAAGAUGAGCCGGAUGAAGCACAACAAGGGAGGAACUCAAACGACGAUGCCGCAGUUCGUGCAGGAUACCGAUUCGGGUUGUGUUGAUGCAGGAGCUGGUGGUGGCAGCGGUGACCAUGGGGAACAAACCCAGACGACUUCACCGUACCCUCGAAGAAUCAAGCGGGAAAAUAAGGAAAAUGUGCAUUGAUUGGGAGGGGGAGGAGUAGAUACUGUUGCCAAAAUGAUUAUUUUUCAAAAGUUUUUUUUUUUAUUCAUUUGCCAUUGUUGAGGCUGCCAUCAUUUUUGUACCAAUUUUAUGUGUUUCCAUCCGUGACAAUGUUUUUUUAUGUGUUGAUUUUACUGAACAAAGGCAGGUAUUUCUGUUAAGCUGAGGGAAAAAAAGACAAAUAGCACCUUUUAAGCGCCGAUGUACAAAAUUUAUGUUUUAGUAAACGACAAUAGCGAUAAGUUAAUAUGUUUAAAAAAUGAAAACAUUUUAUAUAAUCUAUUA